CAUCUUAUCCGCGUUAUUGCACGACCCUGGCCAUGGGACAAUAACCAACUGUCGAACCUAAAAGGCAUACAAUCUCAUAGCAUGCCAUGGAGGAUCUGUAGCCUCCGUGUCGUCUCCAGGCGACUCAGAUCGCCGCCAUGCCACUACCUACAGUGCCUUCCACGUCAACAGCUACGCCAUGAUUCCAGCACUUCCAAACCACCCGCAACAUCAAACCAUCCUGGUUCCCGCGCACACGAAGACAACGCCUCGUCCUCGAGCACCGAAGAGAAACCCAUCGACCCACGGCUUCCUGACCUAGGCCGGCUCAUCGAGAACGACUACGCGGCUUUCAAAUCGCACUAUUCGACGCCCCAACUCCCCAUUGUCCUCGCCCACGGCUUAUUGGGCUUCGACGAGCUGCAUCUGGCAGGCUCCUUGCUUCCGAGCAUCCACUACUGGCGCGGGAUCAAAGACGCCUUCUCACGCAACAACAUCGAAUGCAUCACGACGACCGUCCCGCGCACAGGGUCCAUUGAACAGCGCGCCGCCGCGCUCUCGGAGCAGAUCGCCAGCCGCGCGCGCGGGCGGGACAUCAACAUCGUCGCGCACAGCAUGGGCGGUCUCGACGCGCGGUACCUGAUCAGUCGCAUCUGUCCGACCCAGAAAUCGUCGCCGUCGCCGCCGUUUCGUGUCCGUAGUCUGACGACGAUCGCGACGCCACAUCACGGAAGUUCCGCGGCGGACAUGCUCUUCCGCGACAUCGGGCCUGACCUUCUCCCGCGCAUCUACGCCAUGCUCGACCGCUUGUCCAUCGACUCGGGCGCCUUUGCCCAGCUUACCACCAGUUAUGUCAAUGACCAUUUCAACCCCAGUGUGCCCGACGAUCCGAGCGUGCGGUAUUUCAGUUACGGCGCGACCGCCACGCCGCAUUUGUUUUCCGUGUUUCGGCUGUCCCAUGACCUGAUGGAGAUCACCGAGGGCCCGAAUGACGGCCUCGUCAGCGUGAGAAGUUCCCGCUGGGGCGAGUACAAGGGCACGUUGGUCGGCGUGACGCAUUUGGACCUGAUCAAUUGGACGAACAGGAUCAAGAGGGUUGCCGCGAGGCUGGGGAUCGUGGAGGAGCGGUUCAACGCCGUGGCCUUUUAUCUGGGUGUCGCUGAUAUGUUGGCCAAGGAAGGCUUCUAAGUUACCCUAGGUACUUUGGACGACGACACCCGCGAUACUAGUAGUAGAGAGGGUCGGGAUGGCUCCAAACAUAGAACAAGUAGCUGGCACCUCCGGCUCAAUGACAGGUCUCUAAAACCAGACAUGACAAGACAUGCUUAAGGUCAGUAUUUGUAUGGUAUCAUUAAUUACCUACUACUCGUAGUGACUAUCCGGG